AUUUUUUGAAUUGAUAAUAAAAAACCGUUUGAAAUUUUUUUUAAAAUUGCCAUGUUAUUAUCUCCCCUGACGGAAAUCUUCAGCAAAAGAAAAUAGGUAUACUACAUUGGAGGGAAAUGUAAACAAUGGCAGACGCUCCAUGGACAGAAAGAAACUGCAGCAUUUCAAUUUUUUCUAACAGUAGAUGUGGUUUUUCCAACUAUUUUCCAUCAGAACAUAAUCUUAUUACAAUAAGCAGCUGCAACAUUAAUAUUAACAGCCAUUUACAAUCACUACAACUCUCAAAAACCUGCAUUCCAUCAGAAGGCCAUUUAAUUUUUUUCCGUCUUGGUAUUUUCACUUUGUUUUGUGAUUAUACAAUAUGUCCACACCAUCGGGCCACACUUGGAAUAAGAUGGAGAAGGAGUGUUGCAUGCAGUCAUUCCAACCAUAAAGGGAAAACCAAGCCAGACAGAGGUGUCACCCCAAUUGUCAGCCGACAUCUGUUGAUCUCAACAGGACAACUUGUGCCAGUUGGUUCAGGAAUAUGUCGGACAUGUAGAGGAGGUAUUCCAAACCUUGACUCAAUGUCGUUUGAAGAUAAUGAUGUACAUGUAAGUUUUUCUGGAAGGUCUCCAAAAACUAGAAAUAACUUUUAUAUAUGCAUAAGAUGAGAACUUUAAUCUUUUAUGAAAAUUUUAUG